AUCCAGGAGCAUGGAGAAGGUAAAGUGUAACUUUAGUGCGGGAGGGACACGUGACUUCCUCUCGGCGCCUGAAAAAAAAGUCAUUCCUGCCACAGGUGGCAACCAGCAAGUUGCCUCCUUGAGAGCGGAAGAUGUUCUCUGAGCAGCCCGAGUCCGACAGCAACUCUUCAGAGGACGAGGAGGAGGAGUCACAGAGCCGCGAGGGCAUCAGGUCUUCAAACGAGCCGGAGAGAUCGGUGGAAGAUGCUGCAGCGCCGAGACUCUGGGGCAGACCUAUCUGUGCUGUACCAGGGAACUUUGUGGGGGCGGGUUACCCCAUGUCCUAUCAGCCCCGCAUUCUGUAUCACCCUACCUUUGAGUCCUACUACGCUGCUGUGGCUGCACUUCAAAAGACGGAGACCCUCCAAAUGCAGAUCCGGCGGGAGCAAGGAUUCCCUGUAAACAAUGGAGAAUAUUUCUACACCGACCCGUUACAGCCCCCCGGACAUCGAGUGUACAACUACCUCUCUCCCGCAGCCUACAAUAUGUUCGGGCUUUUCAGGCUGGUCACUCCUCCUCCCAUUGUGUCUCCUGGAAUAUUCAUGCCGAACAAUGAAGGAUCGCAGACCUCGGCAAAUCCUGAAGACCCAAAUCCUGCAGCAGUUGCCAACCAAGAAGGGACAUUAAAGUCCUCCGACAUGGACUUUUCAGUAGAUUCAAGCCAAGAAAAGUUUACUAGUUCAUCUGGUGAAGCUGUCCAUUUCCCUAAAAAUCCAGAGGGCACUUUUGUGAUUCAGGGAAGCGCCUUUAAACCAGUGUGCCCUUCGAGAAGCGGGAGGAGCCUCCUUGAGCCUGCGUCCACUUCGGAUAGUAGGAGUUGCCUCAUUCAACCAGUGUGCCCUUCAGUAAAUGGGAGGAGCCUUCUUGAGCCAGUUUACUCUUCAGGAAGUAGGAGGGGCCUCAUUCAACCAGUGUAUCCUUCAGUAAAUGGGAGGAGCCUCCUUGAGCCAGUUUACUCUUCAGGAAGUAGGAGGAGCCUCAUUGAGCCAGUGUUCCCUUCAGGAAAUGGGAGAAGCCUCAUUGAGCCAGUGUUUCCUUCAGGAAAUGUGAGGGGUCUCCUCAAGCCAUUGUUCACUUUGGGAAGUAGGAGAUGCCUCCCUGAGUCAGCAUGUUCUGCAGAGAUUGGGAGGAGCCUUCCUGAGUCGACGGGCCCUGCGGAGAGUUGGGGGAGCCUCCAAGAAUCGGCGUGUUCUGCAGAGAGUGGGAGGAGCCUGCAGGAGUCGGCGUGUUCUGCAGAGAGUGGGAGGAGCCUCCCUGAGUCAACGGGCCGUUUGGAGAGUGGGAGGAGCCACACUGAGUCAGGAUCCACUCACAGUGUGAUACACGGGAGUGGUCCAUACACGUUCUCUGAGUUGGAGGCUGUGUCUGGCCUCCUGCAUUUAUCUGGUAGUUACACUUCUAGUGGUGACCAGUAGGGGGCAGCGUUCCUCAGGACUGUUUUAUACCUCCUCCCCCACCCCCCUGUUUUCUGUUCAGUAUUUAUUUCCUGUUACGUUUUGCACUUGUUUGUUAAAGAUUAUUUUUGCACUACACAUGUUGAAUCGUUAUGUUUAAUAUAUUUUUUAAUUCAGCAUUAUAUUUUUUUAUACACCGAUGGUCAGUUGUGCAAUAAAAGAAGAAAAAAAUUAUUAUUUACAAAGUGGGUGAGAUUUUAUGUGAUGGUCGAUUUAUGAUGAAUGGACUGAGUGUACAUUAUACAGAGAGCAGAGGAUGCUGGGAAAUUAAAGCUUUAAGGAGAUGCCAUAUGACUUGCACACCAGUGACAACUUUUAUUGUUCUCUGCAGCCUUUUGAAAUGAAUUAAAGGUUACUUGUUAUGUGA